GUUCGACUUCAGCAAACCUCUCUGCGAUUAGAUAAAGGCUGUUCAACAUUUGCUUGAGAAGAACUGAAGAACGCGCGCUACAAAGGCACAUACGUCUCAGCGCAGCUCCUGUUUUCUACAGCUUGUGCCCUCUGCUGCUGGUGUGAAAGAUGAGUCUGUGUGGCAGGAAGGCACUGACACUCCUUAGCAGUGUGUUUGCCGUGUGUAGUCUGGGGCUGCUGGGUAUUGCUGUCAGCACUGACUACUGGCUCUACCUGGAGGAGGGGGUCAUCCUACCUCUCAAUCAGAGCACUGAAAUCCGUAUGUCUCUCCAUUCAGGGCUAUGGAGGGUCUGUUUUCUUGCAGAGUCACCAGCUCCAGCGACAGUGUUACCAACUGGUAAAUCAGGAGAGGAGAAGGGGCGCUGCUUUACAAUAGAGUAUGUGAUGCCCAUGAAUGUUCAAAUGACGUCAGAGUCUACGGCCAGUGUUCUGAAAAUGAUUCGCUCUGCUACUCCUUUCCCGCUGGUCAGUCUAUUCUUCAUGUUCAUUGGCUUUGUGCUGAGUAAUAUUGGACACAUCCGCCCUCAACGCACUAUUCUGGCUUUCAUCUCUGGAAUCUUUUUUAUCCUGUCAGGUCUGUCCCUGGUGGUGGGUCUGGUCUUGUAUAUAUCCAGUAUUAACGAUGAGAUGCUAAACAGAACAAAAACGAAUGAAGCUUAUUUCAGUUAUAAAUAUGGCUGGUCUUUUGCUUUUGCUGCAGUCUCCUUCCUGCUUACUGAGGCAGCAGGUGUAAUGUCUGUCUACCUGUUUAUGAAGCGGUACACUGCAGAGGAGAUGUACAGGCCACAUCCGGGUUUCUACCGACCUCGCCUCAGCAACUGUUCUGACUACUCUGGUCAGUUCCUGCAUCCAGAUGCCUGGGCUCGUGGACGCAGCCCCUCAGAUAUCUCCAGCGUAGCAUCCCUUCAAAUGAAUUCAAACUACCCUGCGCUCCUCAAGUGUCCUGACUAUGACCAGAUGUCCUCAUCGCCCUGUUGAGAUUGCAAAUACAAAAUAGAGAGAUCUGAGAAUGAGAGAGCUCUAGCUAGUUCUUAAAGAUGCUGUACUGGCAUGGCUUUGGCACCUGAGGUUGUGUUGUGUUUGGAUAGAGGAUAAACUUUAUUUCCUUGUCUUCGAGAGCCUUCAGUACUAAUGCAGUGAUUCUGAGUUUAAUACAUCAGUUGAUGGUAUCAUUUUCUUUGUUAUUUAUAGUUUACCACACUGAUGUGUAGCUAAUAGUACCUCUGCCUUUUUCUUAAAAGUCUGAAUAUUUUUUAGAGUAAUUUUAUUCAAACAGUUGUAUGUUUUAUAGAAAAAUAGAGAACUAGAAAUGAUGGUAUAAAAUAAGUAUUUAAAUGAUUAUAUUUACUGAUUCAUCAUGCUUAUUAAAGCACAUACUCUGUGGGUUUCUGCCCUUAUGCACUUUAAGAAAGUAACCAUAACACAGAAUCUAAAUAUAUUGAUAUUUUAUAUAAUUGUUAUGUGUUGUUGUGUUACUGGUUGUGACUAGCUGUGGUCUUUUGAUUAAGAGGCAUUUUGUGUUUGAUAUGAAUGUUAACAUUAUUGUAGUGUUAUUGUUUGUUUGUUUGUUUUUGCUAGUGCUUUACAUUCUGAUCUAAUCAGAAGAUCUACACAUCAGUGAUGCAGUGAUUUUUACAAGAAAAACGUUCUGUUAUUAUUGAUUGUUUCACUGUUUAUUUCUAUUGUAGAAAAAAUAAACAUGUAAGGACAAUUCUAUGUAUGUUUUAUAACCAAUUUAUCCACUGUAUGUAUAUAAUCCAUAAUAUGUUUUGUUAUGAUUUGAUAAAAAUUAUGUAGAGCAAUUACAAUUUCCCCGCUUGAUAAAAUGUUAAAGCAGCAGCAUUUAUUUAUUUAUUUAUUUAUUUAUUUAUUGCCUUAUACAGUAGUUGACCUGUUGUACUCUUACAGGUUUCAACAUAAAUUGUCAUUUUGCAAAUACCAUCCAUUGCUAGUUGGAUUUGUUUGUUAAUAAAAAGGCAGUCAUAAAUAAAUCUGAAAAUAAGAACAUAUUUUCUACUCAUGCACAAUGUUAAUUUUUAGAAAUAUGUUAAAUAUGUAUAUAUGUUAAAGACACUUUAAAUUGAUUUCACACUAUAUUAUUGUGUAGCUACUGCAUUGAAAGUGUGUAUAAUUAAAAAUAUAUUACAUGAUUUUAAAACAUUA